GUUGAUUGUACUAUGGCGAUUAUUGUAUAAGAAAGUGGUUUGGUAUCAGGUGCAGCUGAACAGAAAAGUGAGUAAGAACGCAGAAGAAGAGGCUGUUGUCUCAUCACUCUUAAGUCAUAUACAAGCCACCCUUCAGUCUUCAGGAGUGACCUUGGAACAGCAUUUGAAGAUUAAUUCUGUGUCUGGUGAGGAGAAGUUCCUUUUUGGCUCAUACACAGAUUCUGUGGACGUUUGGAAAAGAUCUCUUUGUGAAAUCAAGGCAAAUGGAGGAAAAAGAGCAUGCUUUCUUCAGAGUAGAUAUUAUCUUGCAAUAUUAUUUUGCCACCUGUAUCAGUAUAACUUGUCUGAGGCUCAAGGACUCUGUGAUCAUCUGGUAGGAGAGAUUCUAAGGCGAUCACAGCUCUCAGUGAGUCAGAUGGAAAAGUUUUCUGGUAUGUUGAUAUUGCAUAAAAGUCAUGAACUAUGGAUGGUAACAGAUGUUCAUACUGAAACUGCUAUGGCUGUGAUUCGAUCCAUGGCACGAUUCAUGGCUGCUUAUUUCACAAAUCAGCUGCUCUAUGUCUUUCCCCCACACAAUGUUGACAUCCUGCAUCCGCUUCACAUCAAACAAGACAUACCUCCUCGUAUUAUACCACUGCAACACUGUUUGGUUACCAGAGCUGUCAAGGACCAGAACCUUUCAUCUGUGUGGACAGCUGAAUAUGCUCUUGAUUUGUUCUUUAUUGGAGGACUCAUUCCAGAGGCUGUGUGGUUAACAAACAGACUUGGGAAUUGGAAGCUGUCUGUUUCAAUUGGUGUGGCCUACCAGCUGUACUGUCAGAACUCUGAUCAAGUCUCAAGGCUGAAAACCACAGUGUGUCACUUGCCAUUAAGCUUAUCACCAAUGCAGACUUUCCAGGAAAAGUUGCAGUCUUUGUUAGGACAGCCAGUUACUUCUGAAACACCAGGAUGUCUUAAAUACAAGCAGUUUACAGAUCCCAUUGAAGAGGAAGAUGCAAAUGUUCUUUAUAGUUCAAUACAGGAACUACUGAAAGCAGCUGUUAUGGCAGAUGCUGAUAUUCUCUCAGAGACGUUUCAGCUUUUGAUGGAUUCUGCUAAGGAUCUUAGCAGAAAAUUGUAUGGUUUAGUUCCAGAUGGGCUUUAUCUUCCAGCACCACCAUUAUACUGUCCUCAACCAGCUUCUCUCAGUGAAGAAGACUGCAAUGACAUUCUUUUAAAAAUCGAGAGAGAAAGUCGUCAGAAAGUGUCAGGAGUUCUUCAGCGAAUUAUCUUGCUCUUCCGGGCUGCUCAUUGUUCCUGUCCUGCAGCACAGUGGUAUAUUGCACGACUGAAGUGGGCAAGAAAAGUUAUGCAAAAAAUUCGAAUGAAAGGAUCUCUUCCUUUGCUGAGUCCAUUCCCAGGGUCUUUGCUUCGUUACUCAAAUUUCCGCACUGUUCUCUAUAGAUCUGCGUCUUCUGGAGACCAUCAGUUUGAUGAUAUUACCUGUAAAAUUUUAGGUUGGUUCAGAGAGCUGUGUGCAUUGUGUUGGAUGUUUCAUGUUCGUGAAAGAUUAUCUGACAACUGUAGGCGGUACCAAACUGCAAGGGAAAACAUUAACAAUCAUAAGGAUCCGAAGAAGAAUGAAUAUGAUGCCUCCACAGUUGAGCAUUGUCUGAAUGCAGUGGAGUGGGCUUGUCGCAUGCUUCCUUUCUGCAGGUUCAUGAAUGUUGAAGAAUUAGUUCAAGAUGUAAUUUUGAGUUUACUUGGAGAAUUGCCACCAGUGAAAAAGGUGGCAGAGAUUUUUGUGAAAGCAUUUCCUAAUCCUGAAGAUAUAAGGGUUCCACUAAGAGAUAAAUACCAUGGGCUUCAGCAGCGACUCAGACACAGCAUUGUUAAAGGUCCUGAAAGCGACGAAACUAUGUCUGUUUUUAUACAAGCUACUGAAAAAGUGAGAAAGAAAGCCUUGGGACAUGUAAUAAGAAACAUAGGCCCCAUAGAAAGUAAUAUUUGGGAGCCAGCAGAAGAGCGAGCAACGGAUGAUGAGGAACACUGUUAUGACAGUUUUUCAUUAAGCACUAGUUUAAGCAGAAGCACACUUACUGAUCUUGGGAAUUCGCAGGUACAUAGUGAUGCUGACACAGCAGAUACUCUUUCUGAUGCAUUGUGUACUGAAGAAAUGAGAGUUCAAACACCUCCAGUCCAAAGGUAUGAAAAAAACUGCAGCAGAAAGCUUUCAAUUUAAAUAAGUAGCAAAAAUACCACACACAAGAUAAAACCUCUUAACCGGAAAAUAAAACAUCAAGAUAAAGAAUAUGGAAAACACAUGCAUAAUCAGUGUAAUUUGCCCAUAGUUGGUGCAUGGGAAUUUGAACGUGAUGACGAUGAAUAUGUUAUUUUUUUAGAACUCUUUUUGAGUUACGUUCUUGAACGAGACCUGAUAAAGUACAGUGAUGUGGGAAUUCCAUUUCUUACUAGCUUUUCUGGACUUCUUCGGGAGCAUGAAUUAAACUCCCUCUUUUUUGAUGUUCACACAACACUAAAACGUAGACAAGGCAAAACCAGAAGCCAGAGUGUGUUUAGAGCAGGGUCUUGCUAUACUGUCACGUUGGCCUCGUGUGAUCCUGAAACAGUGUCUGUCUAUAAUGAAGACCAAAAUGUUUUGGAAAAUUCAACCAUUGUACAGUCUGUUGUACAGACGGCAGAACCUACUGUGCAUAACUUAAGGAAAGGACUUAAUGAAGGAUUAUUUGGUUUAAAACAUAAGUCAAUUUACAGAACUCAGAGUCACAGUCAAGGAGUCACUGUGGCAUCAGCAACCCAGACCUUUCCUAAGCAUACUUUGUCUAGCCUGCAAACUCAGACAGCUUCUAAAUACAUUUACAAAACCGUUGAUAUCAUUGAUACCAUACCAGGAGAAGAACUAGCUAUAAAAUUGAUGGAUAAGUUGAGCAGUAUUGCAAAAUUGCUGGAGUGGAUGAUUAGGUGGUCUGAUAAAAGACUGUUUUGUGGUGCCAGUAAACAAGAUUCCAUAGAAGAGACUCUCCCAAUGAUACAUGUGAAAACAUCAGCAGCUGCUGUCCUUACUUCUUUGUGGCUCUUAGAACAGUUAGACAGAGAUGGAUCUCAAGCAAAGAGCGUAAAAUUUAAGCAUCCAGAUAAUCGGUAUCUGAAAGGAUUUGCAUCUCAAUCAGAAGCCCAGUCUAGGACAGAGAAAGAAAGUAGUAUGGAUGAAGGUUCUUCCAUGCUGGCCAGUCCUUCCCUUGAUGUCCAGGGUGUACAAGCCUAUGAUGAUCUUUGUGAAACUGGCUUUGGAAUGUCUGCAACGUCAAAAUAUUUUGCUAAGAAGGAAAUUAGUCAUGGGAAUUAUUCUAUACCUCGUAUGACUGAAGAUCUUAAUGAAGUGGGACCAUUUGUUCAGGAGGAGUUAGAUCUAACAGCAGAAAGAGAAGACUUCUUUGAGGAGCCAUAUGAAACUCCAAAGAGCUCUAGUAACUCUGUCAAGAUCAAACCUGUAGAACAUGAAGGAAGAAAGCAGGUCUCCAUUUCAGGUGUGGAUCAUCCCCAAGAAAAUGAAAAGGUGGAAGAAACAAAGGAAGGAAAGACUGGACAGAAUGUGAUGACUGAGGUGGUUACUAGCACCAUUUCUCACUCCUUCUCUUUAGAGCAAGAUGCAGAAGUUCCCAGUAAUACAGAGGUUUCUGCAAGCGACAGUCAGCCUUCUCAGACUGUUGUGUCAACUGUGUCAAGUGUUGCCUCCAAUACUUCCUUUUGCACAAAGCAGCAAGAGGUCAAGGAAGAAGUCCCUGCAGAAGCGAAACUGAACACAUCGCAAUCUGUCAGGCACAUGCUCCAAGAUGAAAUGUUUAAGUUAGUUCAGCUACAGCAAAUCAACUUCAUGAGUUUAAUGCAAAUAGUGCAGUCAUCCUUUUCCAACCUGCCAAAUGUGCAACAAAUUUUGCAACAGCGUGAACCUGUUCACCUGGAAGGAAGCCAGCCUGCACACACUGCUGGAGACAAUGGAUCUCUGAAAACACAACUGCCCAUUCAGGAAGAUAAAGGAAAACCUAGUCAGAAGAGUUCUGAUUUUCAACCAAGGAAUAGUUUAAGAGAUGAAAGCAACAAUGGGCGUAUAAAAAAUCAUCUGGAUGUGAAUGUUUCUUUAAGCCUAUUAGAAAGCUACAGCAAAGAAACAGGAUUUAUGACACCAUCUCCAGAUUUGAAUUCUUCAGCACAUGCUAAACCAUUUCAUCUGCUAGCUCCUUCUUCAGGCAUCCAGAAGACACCAAAGCUUAUCCCUAUAGAAAAAAAAAUGAAUUAUUCAAAUGGAUUUCCUUUGCUUAAGCUUGAAUCAGGUUAUCAUUUCAAACCAGCAUUUUUACGUCCCAUAGAAAUGUCAUCAGCUUUUGCUAAACCACCCGCAGUACCACGAGUAGCUUGGAUUUCAUCACAUUCUGUAGGGAACCAUCAGUCAUCGCACACACCAAGAAAGAGUAAGUCAGAAGAUUUGAACAUGAGUAGAGAUGACCCUGGGAUCCCAAGGCAAGUGCAUGAAGAAGAGGAAAGAUGGGCAGAAACAGUGCAUAAGGGACCUCCCAAACACUUGAAUCUAGACCAGUAUGAAAGACAGCAAGAAGUUUCACCGCAGCAGCAGUUCUCUGCAAAUGUGGAUAUGGACAAAGCACUGAUCACGCAGAACCUGGCUGGUAUUCCACUGUUGCACUUGCAACAUGACCCAGUUCCCAGACUUCCAGCAGUUGUAAGGCAGCCAACCACUACUACUUUAAUACCUGUUAAACCUGCGACAGAGGAGGCUGACUCCAGAGAAACAGUACAGCACACAGGAAUAUCACUACUUCAUGCUAAUUUACCUCAAAAAAAGAAGGCACUAAAAUUGAUUCCUCUUCAAGAUCUCAUUGCAUUUGAGCAACACCACCAGCAUCAUACUAUGCACAGCACUGCCUGUGGCCAGGCCCAAACUGAACCUAUCCAGUUGCUAAAAACCGAUGUUGAACCAUUUGAACUGAGAGAUGUGCAAAGUAAUAGAAAAAGACAAAAGAGGCGUGAAAGGCAACAAAUGAAAGAGAAGGAGGAAAAGAAGAAACCAAGUGUGUCUUUCUGCCCAGAUGACUCCAUCAUCACUAUUAGUGAUACAGUGAUGGAUGCUGAAUCAGGAACUGGG